AAAACCCCAGUCCUACUCUCAUCAUCAAAAGAGUCUUCUUUUGGAGCAAGCAAGAACAAGAAGAAGAAAGAGAGCCAACCCAAUUGCUACUCUCUCUCUAUCUAUCUUCUGUUCUUUCUCUAGGUUACUGUCUUUUUGAAAAAGGAUCCGAACUAUGGCCACACUCGUCCCUCCUCCAGCCACAGUGCAACCCUCUACCAUGCCAGAGCUGAUCCCGCCGCCAAACAAAGUCGACUACUUAAAUCUCCCAUCUCCUAUUCCUUACGAAGAAAUCCAUCGCGAAGCUCUCAUGUCUUUAAAGCCAGAAAUUUUCGAGGGAAUGCGCUUUGAUUUCACUAAAGGACUUAACCAGAAAUUCUCCCUUAGUCACAGUUUGUUCAUGGGACCUACUGAAAUUCCUUCACAGUCAUCUGAGAUUAUAAAGAUCCCCACUGCUCAUUAUGAAUUUGGUGCCAAUUUUAUAGAUCAUCCCCAGUUGUUGCUUUUUGGGAGAGUAAUGACAGAUGGGAGGUUGAAUGCAAGACUUAAGUGUGAUUUAUCUGAUAACCUCUCUCUGAAGGGAAAUGCUCAGCUAACAAAUGAGCCGCAUAUGUCUCAUGGCAUGGUCAACUUUGACUACAAGGGUUCUGAUUACAAGGCUCAGUUUCAACUUGGAAAUGGUGCCUUAUUUGGGGCUAAUUACAUUCAGAGCGUGUCUCCUCAUUUAUCUCUUGGCGGUGAAGUAUUCUGGGCUGGUCAGCAUCGGAAGUCUGGCAUUGGCUACGCUGCUCGCUAUAACACAGAUAAAAUGGUUGCCACUGGGCAAGUUGCUAGCACUGGAAUGAUUGCUUUGAGCUACGUUCAAAAGGUUUCUGAAAAGGUUUCUUUGGCGUCGGAUUUCAUGUACAACUACAUGUCAAGAGAUGUAACUGCAAGUUUUGGUUAUGAUUAUAUUCUUAGACAGGCUCGUCUUAGGGGAAAGAUAGAUUCGAAUGGUGUUGUGUCUGCAUUUCUGGAGGAGCGAUUAAACAUGGGUCUCAAUUUUAUUCUUUCAGCUGAGCUUGACCAUAACAAGAAGGAUAGCAAAUUUGGAUUCGGUUUGACAGUCGGAGAAUAAGGGCAGGCGGGCAGGCGGGCAGGCGGUGGUUAAGUUUUUAGAUCUUUUACAAGAAAUGGAAUAUUAUGGUAUUAUGAUUGAGGUGCAGAAGCAAAGCAAAUUGUUUGAGAUUAAACUAUCAAAUUUUAAUGUUUUUCAAUGGUUGCGGUUUCGGCUUCCAUUUAAUAUUUUUCUCUAUUCAUUUCUUCUCCAUUGUAAUUGAGAGAGGUUCAUUUGUUUUGAUGAUGUUUACACUUUGCACUAGUUUUUCAUAUAAAAUGGUAAAGAUCUUUAACUUCC